AUGACCCAAACCACGCAGCCCCCCAAGUAUCAUUAUGAUCCUUCACUCGCCGCUGCAGCCACAUUUGCGGCCCUUUUUGGAAUCUCCACUAUCGUUCAUUUUUUCCAGCUGCGGAAGCACAAGACUUGGUACUUUAUUGUCUUCUUCAUUGGCGUUAUAUUCCAGGUCAUAGGCUACGCAGCCCGCGCUGUCAAUGCCAACGAGACACCCAACUGGUCCCAGGGUCCUUUCAUUAUCCAGACGCUUCUCAUCCUUUUGUCGCCCGCGCUAUUCGCAGCAUCUAUCUACAUGAUCCUGGGGCGUCUCAUUCGAGCCUUGGACGCUGAAGACCUCUCUAUUGUCAGAACGAAAUGGAUGACAAAGAUAUUCGUCAUUGGAGAUGUGCUCUCUUUUGCCGCCCAGUGCAUCGGCGGAGGAAUGCUUUCCGGCGCCAAAACAAUAAAGGUUGUCAAUCGCGGACAAGACAUCAUCUUGAUCGGUUUAGGAAUCCAGAUUUUAUUUUUCGGGGGUUUUAUCGGCGUCAUCUCUGUUUUCCAUCAUCGCAUUCUUCACAACCCGACUGUUAAAAGUCUCAACACUACGUUGCCUUGGAAGCAGUACAUCAUCGUUCUCUAUAUUGCAUCUCUCUUGAUCAUGGUACGAUCCAUUUUUCGGGUCGCAGAGUUUGCCGCUGGACAGACCAGCGUGCUCCAGACCGCCGAGGGAUAUUUAUACGGUCUGGAUGCCGUCCUCAUGUUUAUUUGCGCUGUUUUGUUCAACAUCUUGCACCCAAGUCGGGUGGUGCAGACUGACUCGCACAAGCCUCUUACUGACAUGGAAAUGGGGGAUAGAUCUGUGACUGGGCUUGCAGAGGGAUGA